GUUGUUGGAAACAUAAAUCCAACUCUCUUCACUUCGUUCAGGAUGGCAUCCCUAAAUAGUACGAAACAAAUCGUGACAGUGGGCAGUAUGUUGAAGAAUUCUAGACUUUUCGAGGUCGUCCAAAGAACAACCACAUUCCAGCAGAGAUGUAUUCAUGGAUCAGCCACAGCCUGGUCCGAAGACAAAUACCCAAACCUAGCGGCCAGGAAGGACAUUAUGUUACCCCCGGGUACAUUCAACGGCAAGACAGCAUUUAUCACAGGAGGAGGAACCGGACUAGGAAAGGGAAUGGCUACAACGUUGUCCUCGCUUGGGGCUAAAGUAGCAAUAAUGAGCAGGAAGCUGGAGGUACUCGAGAAGACCGCCAAAGAAAUCUCAAACCAAACUGGCAAUCUGGUCAUACCGCUUGCAGCUGAUGUCCGUGAUGCCGCUGCCGUCAAGGUCGCCGUCGACCAAUUCCAGGAGCAGACUGGCGGCCUGCCCAACAUUGUCAUUAACAAUGCCGCUGGGAAUUUCAUCUCCCCGACAGAACGUCUGUCCUCGAAUGCUGUAAGGAGUGUGAUUGACAUCGUGUUGAAUGGCACCUUUAAUGUGACCUUAGAUAUUGGGAAAAGGCUGGUCGCAGCUAAACAAGGAGCUAAUUUCUUAGCAAUCACGACGACGUACACACAUUAUGGUUCGGCUUUUGUCACACCCAGCGCUGCAGCCAAAGCAGGAGUCCAGACCCUCAUGCAGUCACUAGCUUCAGAAUGGGGUUGGCUUGGUAUGAGAUUUAACUGCAUAGCACCAGGACCAAUCUACACAAAGGGAGCAUUUGGCCGACUGGAUCCCACUGGUCAGUUUGCUGAGAGCAUGAGACAAGGUAUACCUACAGGAAGGUUCGGGGAAGUGGAAGAAAUUGCAAAUCUUGCUACCUACAUGGUCAGCGACUAUGCCAGCUGGAUGAAUGGCUCCUGCGUUGAUUUUGACGGUGGGGAGCUGCCUUUUGCUGCUGGGGAAUUCAACCAGUUAAAACAGGUUACACCAGAGCAGUGGGACCUAAUGGCACAACUUGGAAAGAAAGUCAAAGGAUCUUAAUCAUCAUCAAGGAGAAAUUGAAGUCUCAGAUAUCAUCUGCCCGUACCUUAUCAAAAAGGUGUUCCAUUAAAAACAUACUCAAGACUCUCAACGCAAAGUUUUAAAAUCUUUCAUUACAUAACUUGAAAGUUUACACAUUGGUCUGUAAAUAUCGUCAUACUAACCCGAUGUAAUUUUCACAAUACUUUUGGUUGCGCCAUUUUGGGAUUCAAUGUCCAUGUGUGUAGUGUGCCUUUAAUGCCACAUGGUGUUCACACGCUUAAAGGCAAAGUAUUCCUUUGGUUUUAGGAACCUUUCAAUUGUUUUAAACUAACCUGUGAAUAUCUCCUUUCAAAAGACGGUAGCGUUUUUAAAAUAUCGCCGAAAUCCGGAGCUGUUAGUACGUCCACUCAGUCAUGUACACCUUUGCCUUUAACCAUACCUGCAUUGGACUCCUAACAUGAGCGUACAGACAGUAAUCUGAUGUUACAUUGGUGUUACACUGGUGUUACAUUGGUGUUACAUUGGAGCUAACCUCUGAUUUUCACGACUAGAAUAAAUAUUGUCGUCUAGUUACUCAAUCACAAUUUCUUGAUUUGUGCUUUUAAUAAUCAUAGAUGUUAAACCAAUGUUUGUAUGAGAGAGAUUGGCUGUUGCCAGCUGGGUGUUUAUACCACCUUGUGUGAGUUUGCGGAGUUCCCUUGAUGGGAAGAUCAUCUAAACAAACGACAAACAAACAUUGGUGUUACAUUGGCAUUACAUUGGUGCUACAUUGGUGCAAGGGCUCAGGUGUCAUAACAGAAUUACGAAUUGCACUUAUUUAUUAAGGAACCCAAAAAAAAGAGCAACCAGUUUAAUGUGAGCAUAUAAUAUGCAGAAUUUAUUAUAUCAAAAUAAUACAUUUAUUGACUAUUUACAAUUGUUACAGCCUUUUUUACCAUUCAAAUCCACACUUGCUAUAAAUAUAUAAUCAACAUCUUCUCUUCCAUAUCAACCAGUUCUAGUAGUUCAAAUUCAUUCAUAGGGAAUACAUGUCAUUAAUAUCUUGAUUAUAUCAUACAGGUGUUUUGUGAAUGUUUUUUGAAUAAAUGGGUAUGUAUAUCAAAUUACAAUAGGGGAAAUGGGAAUCGGAAAUUGGGUUUAAGCAGAAAAUUGUGCUUUAACAAAAUUUUCUUUAACUUGAGAAGCAGUCAAAGACAGUACAUGUGGAACGGUAUUUUGCCUGGUAAUCUUAAUCCGGUAAGCAACAUUGUUCUGUGCUUACUGAAGCACAAAAAGUAGCUAAGCACAACUAAAUUAUGUUUACUAACAUAAGGGUACCAACCAAAAUAACAAGUCACAUGUACAUGUACAUGUACUAUCUUUAAAAUGGUUUUCUGCUUAUUUUUGCUAAGCAUAGAAUUGUUGACAUAAUUUUCUGCUAUAGCAGCUCUAUGAAGUUGGGAUUUGGUUCCUUGAAUGAUUAACAAUUAUUUAUGUCAAGAUCCGUUAUACGAUUCCAUCGGUUGAUUUAAUUUGAUUUAUACAGUGGAAGUUUAGAAAAUGUAAUAACAAUGGGACUACAUAUAAGAAUAAUAUUAAUGGCUAUGUUUGUUAAUUGUAAAUUCAUAACUCUAGUAUCAGGAUAAUGAUUCAUUCCAGUCAACAAGUUUUGUUUGAAUACCCCCUUUCUAAUUAUCAAUUAGAAGAAACCAAGAUUGGGUUCCUGCAAAACAUUUCUUGAGAGUAAGCCGACUUGAGAAUGCUGGAUAAUGUUGUGUGUGAGUGUAAAUCCUGUAAGAUACUUUGUAAAUUGGUCCACCGAUUAUUUGUUACAUUUUGCAUUGCAAGUACGCUUUGAAUUAAGUAAAAACAUUGAAUAAAACCAGUGAAUACAAAUUUAAAAACGGAUCAAUCUGUUUUUAGGAAUGUA